AGGGGGGACACUUCGGCUGCUUCCCAUCCACACACAACCCAAAAGUCACGUAUUAUCCAAUCAUCAUCCAUCCCUCAUCAUCUUCAUGUCUUCCCUCCUCCCGCUAACCCAACCUUUUCCCACUUAAUCCUUUACCCAGCAGAAAAAAUUCAAGAAGCCAUGCUUAUAAACCUCUCAGCAUGCCCGCCAUCUUCUUCCUAUUCCUUCACCAGGUUGGUCAAUCCCAAGUCCCUCCUCUCGGUAUACCCCCUGAAACCCAGAACCCACGUCUCAAAAUCUCUUCUUGCUGCGCCUUUCCCUCUCUGCUCUCUGCCUUCGGCUCAGCCUAAUUUCGACGGCAGGAAUCGGUUCUCCUUCGGGAGGAGCGGGUUCUCGCGCGGGAAGAGGCUCGAUUUGAGGGCGUUUGCCGCUUCCGGGUUCGAUUUGGGCAACUUCGAGUCGGUCCUGGAGGCUGCUGGAGUUCUCACCGCCAUUAUCGUGGUUCAUGAGAGCGGUCAUUUCUUGGCUGCUUGCCUUCAGGGCAUUCAUGUAAGUAAAUUCGCUAUCGGGUUCGGCCCGGUUUUAGCUAAGUUUGAUGCGAACAAUGUAGAGUACUCUGUUAGAGCUUUCCCUUUAGGUGGAUUCGUAGGAUUUCCAGACAAUGAUCCUGAGUCUGACAUUCCGGUGGAUGAUGUGAAUUUGCUCAAGAAUAGGCCGAUAUUGGACAGGGUACUAGUUGUUUCGGCCGGCGUGAUCGCCAAUCUAGUGUUUGCGUAUGUUAUAAUCUUUGUUCAAGUGUUAUCUGUUGGAUUACCUGUGCAAGAGGCUUUCCCCGGGGUGCUCGUGCCUGAGGUCCGGGCCUUUUCAGCAGCCUCUCGAGACGGGUUGCUUCCUGGCGAUGUGAUUCUUGCUGUUAACGGAAAUCAAUUAUCGAGACAAGGGCCCACCGCAGUUUCCGAGCUCGUAGAUGCAAUUAAGAAUAGUCCAAGGAGGAAUGUGUUGCUUAAGAUUGAGAGAGGGAAGGAGGACUUUGACAUUGGCGUGACCCCGGAUAAAAACUUUGAUGGGACUGGUAAAAUCGGAGUGCAAUUAUCACCGAACAUUAGAAUAUCGAAGGCUAUACCAAACGAUAUUUUUGAAGCCUUUAACUUUGCUGGCAAGGAAUUUUGGGGUCUAUCAGCCAAUGUACUCGACAGCUUAAGACAAACUUUUGUGAACUUCUCGCAAUCAGCUAGCAAAGUUUCUGGUCCUGUAGCAAUCAUCGCUGUAGGUGCAGAAGUUGCUAGAUCAAAUAUCGAUGGACUUUACCAAUUUGCAGCUGUGUUAAAUAUAAAUCUGGCGGUCAUAAAUCUUCUUCCAUUGCCUGCCUUGGAUGGGGGCACGUUAGCCUUAAUUCUCAUAGAGGCGGUGAGGGGUGGAAGGAAGCUUCCUCUGGAAGUGGAACAGCGUAUCAUGUCCUCAGGAAUCGUGCUUGUCAUAUUUGUCGGGCUAUUUCUCAUUGUUCGUGACACCCUCAACCUUGACUUCAUCAAAGACAUGUUGUGAGUGCCUAGUGGACCAUUUUGCUGGGAAAAGAUUCCACAUGGAUCUCAGCACAUUGUUGAGCUUCAGUUGAUGAUGAUACCAGGCGGAAUGGGGAAUUUGAUGUGAGUUGACAUAUCUAGUUUUUUCCCCUCGAGGAGUAGCAGGACAGAUGAUAUUUGGCUUCAUUCCUUUUUUUAAGUUUGUGCAUCUGCUGCUGUUCUUGGUCAUAGAUCCAGAAGGUGUAAUUCUUGUGGAAUUAUAUUACAAAUACUUGCUUGAUUGCAUACUCAACAUCCUGUCCAUGUUAUCUAUACCUCAUUUUAAUGGUCC